AUGCUCCAGUACGCCAAAGACCAGCCCGCCGGCUUCAAGAAUGCUAUCGAGAGAAUCGCCAUAGUCGGUGCUGGAGGUACCAUUGGAUCGCAUAUUGCUGCUGCUCUCCUUCAAACCGGAAAACACACAGUGACAGCUCUCUCCCGCAAAGACAGCAGCAACAAAUUCGCCGAUGGCGUCCUCGUCGCCCCAAUUGACUACGACGAUGAGGCCACCAUUGUCGCCGCUCUCAAGGACCAGCAAUUUCUAAUCAUCACUAUGGCCCCCACAGCGCCCCGGGACACUCAUAGCAAGCUCGUCCAGGCGGCUGCCAAAGCUGGUGUUCCCUACGUCAUGCCCAACAGCUACGCCGGCGACAUUGACCACAUCAAAUUCGGGCAAGAUACGAUUCUAGGCCCCGUGGGCAGUGCCCAAAGGGGCGAGAUCGAGAGACUCGGUAUGCAGUGGAUUGCUGUGUGCUGUGGGUUUUGGUACGAUUACAGCCUGGCAGGUGGUGAGGCGCGCUUUGGGUUCGACUUUGACAAGCGUUCCCUGACACUCUACGACGAUGGCAACACCAAAACCUCAACGUCAACGUUGUCGCAGGUUGGGCGCGCCGUGGCCGACCUUCUGAGCCUCAAGAAGCUUCCCGAUGACGAAAACGACAAGAGUCUUACCGUCUCCGGGUUCCUCAACAAGGGCGUGUACAUUAAGAGCUUUGUGGUCAACCAAAAUGACAUCUUUGAGAGUGUAAAGCGCGUCACGGGCACCACUGAUGCCGACUGGACGGUCACCCACGAGGCCACCAAGAAACGAUACGAGGAGGGCCUGGCGCAAGUUAAGGUUGGUAAUAUGGCUGGUUUCAGCAAGAUGCUGUACGCCAGGGCGUUUUACCCGGAAGAUCCGAGUGAGUGCUUGGCUAAAGCGCAGAAUGACCUGUUUGGGUUGCCGGAGGAGAACCUGGAUGAGGCUACCAAGGCCGGGGUGGAUAUGGUCAAGGACCUGCAGCGUCGGGUUGAGCGUAUGGCGUCAUAG